AUGCUUUCCUUUAUUACAAUCUACAGCUUCUUAAGCUUCAUAGCUGUUGCAGAUGCAUACACAACCUUCGAUACGACGUGUGCAAUUCCAGCUAAAACGACUAGUUAUGUCUCACCACCCAACAGUCGAGGUACUCUAAAUAUUCUUUGGACUUGUCUUUUUACAAUCUACGCCUGCACAUGGGCAAUUCAGCAUCUCAAUGUGCCGAAGCAACGAGAAGGUCGUGAAUCCGGUUGGAAAGAUAACUUAAUGUGGAAAAUCAGAGGCUUCGAAACGAGUCUAAAAUGGAUGUUAGCGACUAUCAUUGCCCCAGAGAUAUUGCUUGCUAAGGCGUGGAGUGACCUUGACGUUGCGCGAAAGCAACUGGAAAAGUUUAAGCCUUGGGCGGCUGAUGAUGAUGUUGAGUGGACAUUGACUCAUACUUUGUUCGCAAAUAUGGGUGGAUUCGUGAUUCGAAGCAAUCCGCCGUCAUACGACAAUCAAGAUAUCGAAGCUAACGCGAGCGUUGCCAUUGAUCUACUCGGUGGCCAGCCACCACAAAUACCUUUAGCGGAAGUCCUAGCUCCAUUGAUGGAAUCAUCUAUCGGAUGCGUAUCUUCGGAUACCAACGAUGCUUCGACCCGUGUUAACAUCUCCAACUCCGAUGCUGUUGUCGGUCAGCAAUUCAAUUAUCCGAACCCAUACCACUUGACCGCCAAGCAGCUCCUGUCACUUCGAAGAUGCGAUUAUAUAAGGCUUCCAAAUAUCACGUUAGACGAGAUCAAUGACAAAAGCAAAAGUGAUACGUUCGUGAGGCUUACCGCGGUUGCUCAAUUCUUGUGGAUCGUUGCUCAAAUCAUCGUUCGUGCAGUGGAAGGAUUGGUGAUAUCACAACUUGAGAUAGCAGUGGUAGCCUUCUCGACUUGCGCCGUCUUGAUAUACAUACUCAAUUGGAGCAAGCCCAAAGGAGUGCUAGUCCCUUUCACAAUACUUCAUUACGAAGGUGCAAUCCCUACCGAGAUGCUCGAAUUCAUGAGAAAAGACUUGGAUCGCUCAUCGAUGUCAACCAUCAUGCUUAACGCCGAUUGUCAAAGCAUCACUUCUGGCGAUCCAAUCCCCAACGAUGCGAUCUAUUCCUACGACGACGCAUGGCUCAUAGGAUUCGAGUUUGGCAGCAUAGUUUUCGGAUGCAUACACGUUGCAGCAUGGAACUUUGUGUUUCCAACCCGAAUCGAGCAGAUACUUUGGUGGUCCACGAGUAUCUGGUGCACCGUCUUCGUUUUGAUCUACACCCUCAUCCCAUAUUGUGGCAUGAUUUGUUUCGGGGAUUUCAAAAGCAUCGCAACACCCAAAGAACUUGCUUGGGGUGCGGCUCCUUUAUUCUUCUUGUAUGCUUUAGCUAGAAUCUUCUUGGUGGUGGAAAUGUUUCGUUCAUUGUGUUACUUGCCUCCUUCGGCGUUUAUAGCUACGGAGUUGUUGAAUAUUCCUCACAUUGGCUGA